UGUGCCUUCAUGGAAGCAUUCUGCAAGUACUCUAUAUUAACUAGGGAUGAAGGGUUGGCUUGCAAAUCUGAAUCUGUAGAGCAUAUAACUCAUUGUGAUAGCUAUUUUAAUCAGUUUUAGGGGAAAAAAAACUAAUUUAACUGAAACAAGUGGAGGAAAAAAAUGAGUCCUUCUGUCCUUGGCUUUUUAAGAGCAGCUUUCAAAACACAUUUCUGUACAUUGUGGAGAGACUGGUGUACACAUAAAGUGUAUAACAGAGUUCAUGAGUCAUGCAUAUGGUUCAAGAAGGCAACACAGCCAUCACUGAUGGAUUAUAUGCACUCCAAUCAAGUUAAAAUCGCACUCUGCAAAGGUUCACAUUUAAGAAUAACAGGCAUUAGACAUAACUCUGUGAAUGAGGCUCAUCAGUGGAAAAAUAGAAACCAACAUGCCAGGCACUUUUCAGUCUCCUCUUCAGCUCUCAUAUCUUUUGGAAAGGCUGGAGGCAGCAGAGAGAAGCAUGUCUCACUUCAGGAUGUAGCAGAAUUAGUGAAGAAUAAGCAAUGCACCCGUAUAGUGGUGAUGGCUGGUGCAGGAAUUAGUACGCCCAGUGGAAUUCCAGACUUCAGGUCUCCUGAGAGUGGCUUAUACCAUAACCUUCAGAAGUAUGAUCUUCCCUAUCCUGAAGCUAUCUUUGAGAUUGAUUAUUUUUUACAUAAUCCAAAGCCUUUCUUUACACUGGCAAAGGAACUGUACCCAGGGAAUUAUAAACCCAACUAUGCACACUACUUCAUUCGACUUCUUCAAGACAAGGGAUUGUUGUUGCGUAUGUACACCCAGAAUAUUGAUGCCCUGGAGAGAGUGGCUGGUAUCGAUCCUAGCAAACUUGUUGAAGCUCACGGGACCUUUGCUACUGCGACGUGUACUGUUUGCUACAGAAAAUAUAAAGGUGAAGACUUUUAUACUGACAUAAUGAAUGAAAAAAUCCCUCAGUGUUUUGUGUGCACCGGUAUUGUGAAACCUGAUAUUAUAUUUUUUGGAGAGCAGCUACCUCAGAGGUUUUUCAUGUAUAUGACUGACUUUCCAUUAGCGGAUUUGCUGAUUGUAAUCGGCUCUUCACUUGAGGUCGAGCCUUUUGCCAGCCUGGUAGGAGCAGUAAGAAGUUCAGUGCCUCGUGUACUUUUCAAUCGGGACCCCGUGGGCCCUUUUGCCUUUCAGACACAUAGACGUAAUGAUGUAGCUGAACUUGAUGACAUUAUUGUUGGGGUUGAAAAGUUUGCCGACUUGCUAGGCUGGAAAGAAGAGCUGAAGAACCUUAUAGAUAAAGAAACAGAAAAGCUGGACUUAGAAAAAUCCAAGAAGUGACGUGAUCCCUAAAAACCGUGAACAGGUUUAAUGUUCAUUUCUGAUGGACAGUACUGGAAUUAUUAGUUAUACUGUAUUACUUAUGAUAGUUUCCAUUUCGUAUGUCUAAGCAAAUUUUACUUUUAUCUUGGACAAUAAGAAUUAUCCAGUAUUCCUUGUACAUAGUUCACACAGAAUGGUGCUCAAGAGCUCUGACACUUUUUUCUCCGAGUUUUUUUAAUUGUAGGUGAAAGUUAUUGGGCGCAAAGUUUGCUGACCAAUGAAGUGGUAAUGCAUUGGAGAGGUGUAUACUCCAACUAAGUUUCUGUGUGUGUAUCUAUGUCUCCGUGUCUGUGUGCGCGUGCAUGCGUGUGUAUAAGAGAGAAAUAAAUAGAAUGGAAGAGGAAAAAUAUUAAUAAUGUUAAUAAACACCACUCAUUUUGAUUUUUGACUUUCUGCCAUCUGUCAGAGUUUUUACCCCUGACUUUAUAAUUCCCUCUCUUCAGAAGUGCUCCUUCAUUAUAAAAUAAAGCAGGCAUGGGUCCAGCUCAAAUACUUUUUGCACAAGUAUGCAGUUUAUUUAAAGUAACAAUGGAUUUCAGAAGGGGAAGAUACAAUUGUGUAAUUUUGAUGAGAUAAUGCACUUUUCAUUUUUUGUAAUGUGUACCUCAUGACAUCAUUGGUGCUUGUUUAGUAAUAUAUCAUUGAAUGUAUGUGAAUUAAAUACGUUUUAAAAAUCA